AUGUCGACUGCAGCAGCACCUCCAAAUGAUACCUCUUUAAGCGACUACAGCAACAGACGCAGUAGUCGGAACCAGCAGAACGAGCAGCUGAAUGUUGAAGACAGUCCCUUUGGAUGUGGCGAAAAUAAUGUUAGUACUCCAACGCCAGCUGCUUAUGGCGCACACGCAGAAAGUCCCCAAACAAGUUACAUUAAUGGCCUCUUGUCUUCUACAACUAGACGACUCGUUGGUUGCGAAAGCAUAGAUGUCGCUGGAUUACAGUCGGAUUUAGCCUCAGUAAAGCCAGCGCAGAGAAAAAUAAGCGCUCCAGCAGCACCAAAGAGCGUCGAUUCCCCACAACGCAAAACUAGCGUAAAUAUCAUCAAAAGGGCGCCUAUUACUUUUGUGAUCUCAAACAAAAAGGAUGAGGAAACCGGAGUAAGAGAAAACGGAUCGGAGUGCCUAAUUGAUCGUGGCGUGUCUUUCACAAAUUCAAGAUUCCUUCCAAUAAACCAGAAGGAGGCCAAAGAGAAUUCUUUGAUGAAAGAAGAAGAGGCAUCUAAUUUGUCGAAUAAAACGAUUAAUUCUACCGUCACGAUGAGUUCACGCGUAACUGUCCACGGUGGAGGCGGUACCACUUUUCGUAAAACAGGAGUCGCUGGAACACAAAAUCCUUUUAAUGAUUCCCUUCCCACUGACGAGCGGUUUGCGGCGCUCAGUGAGAGAUACGCUUCUUUGAAAGCGAAACUCGGAGGAAGUGACUCAAGACAGAAAAAUCAAGAUUCUUGUCCCAAAGAGUCUCCCAAAGCUGUAGAAGCAAAAGAUCACAGUUCAAAUAUCGGCGAAACGUCAACACAGUUGAAGUGCUGGACAACUGUGGAAAGCAUACCGAUAGGUAAAUAUCAAGACAACACAUUUGGCAAGGAUGUCGAUGAGGCAUGCACCGAAGGCAAAAGGAAAGUAAUAGAAGGUGACAGUGAACAAAAACGAAUAUGUUUCACGGAAAAUGUGAAUGAGAAUGAUGCAACCCCUUGGAGAAAUAUUGCCAAUAUUUAUGACACCGAAAGCGACGUCAAAAUUGACGAGAAUAACAACGUUAGCAGGAACACUUAUCCUCCAGUUUCCAAGAUGGAAAAAGAGAAAGGCGGGAUCCCAAGCAAUGAAAGAACUGCCCUUCAAAGGGCCCGAACUAGCGUUGUUGCUAAACUGAUGGACAGAAAAAUGGGCAUCAGAAGAAAGCAAAGUAUUGUACCUCGCGUGACGGAAAGACGGUCCAAGGUUUACAAGGAAUACUGUACCGCAGACAGUGGUAUUCCAGCAACUGUAGCGCAAUUUGAGAAAAUAAGGACAGUCGUUGAACAAACCGUGCUUCGCGCACCUGUACGUCAAGAGGUACCGUUGAUGAUGAACCUGGUUUUCUUGUUCCUAAAUCAAAAUGCGAUUCCCGAUCUAAAAAAUGCUCAUGCAUGUAACUAA